UCUGGUGUUGUCGGUGAAUCGGCUUCUCGGAGAGACGCGAGCUCGCUAGCGCGUUCCCACCGCGAAAGAACAGUUCUCUGAGCCGUUUAUAAAGAUUAAAAGUGACUUGGCAGUGUUUCUGCUCCCGAGGCGACGUCAUCGUGCGGAAGUACUGUCUUUGGUGGCUGAAAAUCCGCACCCAAGUCGCGCGACCUUCUCGUGUUUACGCGACGCAGCGACUCAAACAAGUCGAGGUAAAAAGUCACGAAUUGUCGGCGGCAACCGGGCGCUCGAGACUCGCGUCGGUCCACCGACGAUGCGAGGAAACACGAGAGACACUUCCGACAAGAUUCGGUGAGAAAAGAGAUUUAAUUUCGCCUGGGCGAAAUUCGAGCGCCUGACAGCGUGAAAGUGACAGCACGGUAUGUGCUCCUUGUGUCGCUGUUUUGACAGGAGCCCCGGCGUUUCCCUCGACGUCUUUCCCGAAAACACCAAUCGUCUCGGGGCCUCCAACCUCUCAAGGAGUCCUCUCCUUUUCGAGAUAAAACACCACUCGUCGAGUUCGUAGUCACAACCAGUCGAAGUCUGGAAGGAAGCACUUCGGAGUGAUACGCAAGGAAGCUGCUAUUCAAGAAAUUAAGAUGUUCUCUAUGGCGAGGUAGAAGAACGAACAAGGGAAGUUCAUUAGAAGUAGCCCCGCUACUAGUUGACGCUUACACCGACUAGCGAAUGAGAAAUGUGCCAAGUUCUACUUUGGAGUCACAAACCGUUCCAGAGUUCCUGCCACUCAUCAUGGGUGUACUGCCGAGAGUGAAAUCGUAAUGUAAUUCUAUUUGCAAAGUGUCGCGGUAUCCUCUCAUUGCCUCCAGUCAAUUGUCUGGAGCGUGCACAUAGCGACUGUGAUUUUAAAUCUUAAAUCGAGAUCGCACUGCCAAGAUCCGAGACACAUCGCAGAGAGAGAAAGGAUGUAGCUCGAAGAAUGUAGUAUCGUGAUUAAUAUUUUCCAGGUAGUGCAGAGCAUUAGUUUUGUAAUGUGAAGAUCGUGGAGGAUGGUAUAUGUGAUGUGGGGUAUGCUUUUGGAGUGUCCUAGCUUGCCCUACGUUGCAGUUUUACAAUAACAUUAAAUAUGUUUGGCAAAGUACCUCCGUCAAAUACCCCAGGGCCUCCUACGAACGUGUUGGCGUCGAAGACAAAUGCAAGACCAUCUGGGACGUGCCUCCCGUGUUUCUCUUCAGUGGAGGAAGUUGCGUCAAUGAGUCCAGAGGACAAGCCAAAGUCUUGGAGGUUGAUGGACAAUGGAACCAUCGUCUCGGAAGCCCCUUGUAACGUGCAGUCACACAAUUCCCCGUCUGUGUUGUCAGCCGAGAUCUUCAGACCCUGCAGGACUGAAGCAACGAAUGCGUGCCUCAAGAACUCUACGAGUAACAAGUGUCCCUCCAAGGAAUCGUCAAAUGUCUCCGUAGAAAGGAAUUCCUCGGCGAGUGCAGCCUAUAACAAAUGUUCCUCCAACUCUAACAAUCCCGGUAUCUCUGUGUCAAAGUCAACAGGUUCCCCGAAUCGCGCUUCCAGGUCCCCUAAAAAUCCAAUGUCCUCCAGCUCGAGCAUCCCAAACACUGCGCCAGUUAGCGAGCGUUCCUUGAAGUCCACCAAAAAGUCGUCGCCCCCCAACGGAGAGUUUCUAACGAGCAGCGAACAGAGAAGCAAUAAAGUAGCUAGUAGGAAUCAGGGGAAGUGCGCCUCGACGUUCUCCAAGCUGGCUUCCGCAAAGUCAAAUGACAAUCUUCCGAUCACUUCGGUCAACAAGGAGUCAUCAAGAGACUGCGUGGACACCAAUGAAUCUAUCAUAUCAUCCGGCGAUUCCGCCGCUAUUUCAGAACCCGUGCAAGAAUCCUUGAUGGAUCCUUGCAGGAAUUCGAAGUCCAGGUUACCUGUGACCUGUGGAAAGGAGUCCGGAGUCUCCAGUGCUUCGUGUCCAGCCACCUCCUGCUCCGAAAGGAACUUUUCUGGUACCUCUAGUGACUUCACGUCGACGCCUUCCAAGACGAAGAGUGCUAAAGUGGAACGCAGCUCUUCCUCGUUCUUGGCCCAGGACAUGCCUACCGAGCUGCAAAGCUCACCGAGAAGCUACAAAGACAGGGAGAAGUGCAGGGAUCCGUGGAGGCCUACGGAGCUCGAAGGAAAUCUGGUGGGAUUAAAUGUCUGCCCUCCGGAUCCUGGCCAGGACACAGGAUCGAAAAGAAGAACCGGUGCUUCCUGCCAAGCUUUAAGGCACGCCGUGGCGUCUCUCAAUCGCCUAGACGAUUUCUAUCUGGAAAAAAUCGGCGCCGGAUUCUUCUCCGAAGUCUUCAAGGUGACCCACAAAGUGACGAGUCAGGUGAUGGUCCUCAAGAUGAAUCAGCUUCCGGCGAACCGGCCCAACAUGCUCAAGGAGGUCCAGCUGAUGAACAAACUGAGUCACCCCAACAUUCUCAGGUUUAUGGGGGUCUGCGUGCACGAGGGUCAGCUCCACGCGCUGACGGAGUACAUCAACGGCGGGAGUCUAGAACAGCUGAUCAUGGCUAGGCACACGCCGUUGCCCCACCUCGUCAGGAUGAACCUGGCCAGAGACGUGGCCCGGGGGAUGACGUAUCUGCACAGUCGAGGCCUCUUUCAUCGCGACCUGACCUCGAAGAACGUGCUGAUCAAGAGGGAGGAAACCAGCGGAGAGAUGACCGCCGUGGUCGGGGAUUUCGGGUUGGCUGCGAGAAUUCCCGACCCUAGCUCAGGGUACAGGCUGAGCACUGUUGGCAGUCCCUACUGGAUGUCUCCGGAAUGUCUCAAAGGCCAGUGGUAUGACCACCGGUCGGACGUCUUCUCCUUCGGCAUCGUCGUCUGCGAGCUGAUAGGACGGGUGCCGGCAGAUCCGGACGUUUUGCCCCGCUCCGAUAACUUCGGCCUCGACUAUCUGGCCGUUGCCGAGAUCUGUGCUGCUGCGGACCCUCCACCAGCAUUUCUGCAACUCGCCUUCAACUGCUGCACUUACGAGCCAAAGUCGAGGCCGACCUUCCCCGAGAUCGGCUGCACCCUGGACAGUCUGAUUAGCAGCUACGAGGACGAGUCGAGGAGGAGCAUCGGUAAACGGCAAUCAGCUGAUCCAGCCCUGCUGUCUGAUCCAGCUCUCCUGGACGAGAUCGCCCGCGAAGGUAGAAGCUGCAGACGCAAACCGGCGAAGCUGCGGAGCCAUUCGGCAGAUGCAAGGGGAUGCGACAAUGCAACCCCUUCGGACAAAGCACGUUGUCAUUCCGCCAGGAGAGUGGCGGAGCUUGCGAGCAGAAGAGACCCUCAUUACAAGCCGAUGACGGCGAAUCCGUUCCACGCCCUCGGAGGUGUGAAGAAGAUCCUGGGGGACCUCUUCUCGAGUUGCCUGGAGCUCCCCUCCCUGGAGGACGUCAGGCCGAGCGUGACGGAUGGAUCCUCCAAAUUCAAGCCCGCCCAGAACGACAGCAUUGCCAAAAUCCUUGAGAGGAAAAAGCCAAACUCCGAGCCGAGCAGCCCGACCGCCAGGAAAAAGUGGGAGAAGAAGGUGGCGACGAAGGUCGGAGCCGCGAGCCUGUUCGCCCAUCCGCUCUUCAGGGAAGGCUGGGAGCCCAGAAGACGAGGAAGCUGCGAGUCCGGGUUCUGGAGCUGCGUCGGGGAGGAUUUAAGCCCGGAGCCUCCGAAUCGAAGACACGCCUCGACCUUGAGCAGCUCGGCUGCCAGUAGUCUGUUUCUUCUGGACGAUCAUAGGACCAGCUCCAUCUACACCGAUUCUUCGGAGGACAUCGCUAGUUUGGGCGGGGGCGACUCGUCCUGCUGGGAAGACAGGCUGGGGGGCUUGGGCUCUUCCAGCAAGACUAUCUCCAAGAUCGUCGAGUAUUUCGAGAGGAAGCAGGCUACGUCUGGGAAUCUUAGGCUGGGGGACGGUAUCGAUGCUGGACCCAGCAGGAUGGCCCUGCUGAGGGCGAGUCUGGAAGGCACCGUUCCUCUCUGCAACAUUUCAGCUGCCCAACGACUGGUCGUUUGCGAGGGAGCCGUUCGCAGCAAGCUGCCCCUUUUCGACAAGAAAUGAUGGAGCCGCAGGUACAAGGAUGCGUUCGACGGCUAGGUCCUCGCCGGAUGAUCCUAGAAUCUGCAGACCUCGGAGUGGCGAGAGUGCAAGGACACGGGCUCGUGAAACUCCCGCCCGGGGGAGUGACUCGAAGAUACCGGCCUGUCUUCGGGAUCAUCUUCUUGAACGAAGAGCUGAAACCGCGAAAUUGCGAAAACUCUCGCCCGGGGAAUUUACUCGAAGAUAUCGGGUUCUCUGCAUCAUCUUCAGGACUGAAGCAUGGAAUGUCGUAUGCAACCUCGGGGAUGAUGCUUGCAGCCUGAAAGCUGGCCUCACAGGACCUUUCGCCUUGGGAAGGAGCCCGGAUGUAGUCGCCCAGCUGGUCGCUUUAGGCUCUGCAACUGCAGCCGAUCCUAGAAGAGCACCAGCUUCGGGGAUAUACAUCCUUGGGGAAGGACACAGGAUCUGGCUGUCCCGAUUUUGGUGAUUCCAAGCUGCAGCUGAUCCCAGGAAGAUGUCUGCUGGUCUAGGACAUCGCAUGUGACACCCCUUUCAAUUCGAAAGGAAACUCUGCAGCUGGUCCAAGAUGCUGAGGACCAGCGGAAGGACUCGAGAUCCUCGCGGGAACGACUUCAAGAAGAGGCUGUUUUAGGCUGUUUCAGACUGUCUGAGGCUGCCCCAGGCUACUUCAGGCUGCUUCAGGCUAUUUCAAGCUUACUGGCUCCUUCCUAAUCGCUGACCUCAGCUCGGCCGAUGACGAGCGCAACUGCACCGCGUUGCACCUGCACAUUAGUCAUCGGCGAAGACUGGCGCUGCAAAUUGUUCGUCUUCUGCAAGAAGCGAUGAACUCGUCGGCACCUUAUGAUAGACGCGUAGCUCCUCAUUGGGCAAUCAUCAUUUAAAACAUGCUGCAUCAUAGUGCACCUGCAUCGGGGCGAUCGCGAAAAACCGGCACGUGGCACGUGAAGUCCUCGGUUCCCACCUCGAUGCGAUGAUACCAGCGUUCAGGUGAAGUCUGGCGUAGUCUGGUGACGGACAUGUUUUGGGCGAUGAUGCGUGUACUUGCGACUGCAAGGCGGUUUCGCCCGGUGCAGCGACUUGCUCUUGAAACUCGAACGUUCUGCUUCCAACCGAACUCGAGAAUCACUUUGGCAGAGGCUCGCGAGUCGGACGAGCCGGAUGAAAAAUACCCUUUGAAUUUGGCAGGACCUCGGUGCGAUCGUGUUAUGCAUUAAAAACUGUAACUAAAAUAAGAGCGAGAGACACCGUCGUCAUCCCGCCGUGACUCAUCUCCGGUGGAGGAUGCGCGAGGCCUCCAGGCACCGGUGGACAUUUUUACCCGAAAUCUAGCAACGUAACUGUGAUGUCUUUUGACGAUGUACCUUCUCUCCGAUGUAUCCGCUCGAAUGUACUCGCACUCCACCGGAAAUGAGCCGAGGCGAUCAGCUGAUCGCAUCGAUACUCCGACCCAAAAUACAAAGCUGGACUGCGGGACUGAUUAAUUCAUCAUUUACGGUGAUGUGAAAGUGGCGUCAAAGAAGUCUUGUUUUAUGAAACUUUUCCCCGAGCUGGAUGCACCAAAUCGUUCCAAACUUUAGACCGUGAAUAUGAAGGGAAUAUGAAAAGUCCCGACACCCAUGAAAUUUCAAUUUUCUAAAAAUUUGUUUACAGACGCUAGACCUUUCUUUUUUUUUUAGAAGAAGAAAUGAAAUUUCAUGGGUGUCGGGACCUCCCCUAGAGUCUCCGUAUUCACAUUUUAAUAUUUCAAACGAUUCGGUAGAUCUAGUUCAGAGAAAAGUUAUAUGAACGAUUGACCCCUCGGAUGCCAAUUUCACGUCAUCUUAUCGAGAUGCUAGAUUAGGACGUUUUCAUAUGCGAGUUCGCACGACGCGGGAGAAUGUAGUAAUUUUUUUCUUUUACCCCCUGUUAAGCGAGUGCCAAUCUUUGCUUCUCCUUUUCUUUAAGUAUUAAGACGUUUCUGCAGUCGAUGCAGAACUCGCUGAAGACGCGUCUUGGAAAGCGGCCCUAAGGUUUUCGUCGGUGUCCGACUUUGGCGUUUCCCUCGUAGUUCCUAAUUAGCGAAACUCCGUCCCUCGUACGUCAGCCUUCGGAUAAAUUGAUCUAAGAUCUCGAGUUUCUUGAUCGACCUCGAGCAUUGACUUUUGCGACAUCUUGCCGGGAGGAGGCGCUUCCAAGAAUUCCUGAUCACUGAUACGGCGUCCCGGGCUGGACGCGACUUCAUAAGAGUACUUAGAUUAUUGCGGAAAAAGUGAUGGAAAGUAAAAGAGGUGAAACCGGGGGGAUAUUCACUCAGGAAGUCGUGGAUAUCGAUACUCAAAAUUAUAAUGUCAAAGGAGACAAGGUGUGCUCCACGAAGGCCUUAUUUUUUUUUUCUUAUUGGUUCUGCGCCUUCCAAAACGCCGCCAUAUUGAAAUACAUUAAAAGCGUCAUUGGUUGGUUAGCAAACAUGGCUACCUUUAGAAAAUAUAAGACUUCUAUACAGCUGCGCUGUAACAUCCCAUGCUCGAGAUCACGUGGGAAUCAGGUGGAAGUCGCAAGUAGAAAUCGCCGAAACAUUGUUGCAAUUUUAAGGCUGAUCGUUACUUGUUACCGAAACAAAUUGUCACGUGAAAUCAAAGGCAACAGGUUCUGAAUGAAGGAAAUCGUUUUCACUGAUUUCCGAGCGAAUAGCCCCGCGGACGAAACAGCAGUCAAUAGUCACAGGAGACGUCUAAAAGAGUUCCACGUUUUUAAUAACUUAGGUGAUAGAUCGAUGCGACGAGGUCGAUUCUCGCGGGCUCUGCGAAGGUCGUGGUCGUGGUCGUUGUUGUCUAAGGCCUACAAUUGCGGGUAUUCUGGGAGAAAUUGACACAUUGUCGGGUGUCGUUUUCGCUGGGAGGGUCCAUAAUAAGAAGACCAAACGAGUCCAAAAUGUCUGUCAACUAACAGUUCGCAAGACGACUACAGAAGUGCGUGCCACAGUUUGGCCAACGGACGGCAGGGGAGAAAAUUGUAUAUUUUGUUGGCAGAUAAACGGUAGCAUAAGAGUUUGUAUGGGUGUGUGUUGGCGAAGAAGGGCAGGAAGUUCGUGUAAUUUGUGUGCGAGAGAAAGAGAGAGAGAGACUCCAUAUCCUAAAUAUUUUUGUUGAUAUAGACGUUUAAGUGAACAUUACACUGAAAUUCAAAAUGGACAGAUUUUAAGAGUCCCCCAUUUAAGGCGGUGUGAAAGCUGCAUUCAGGAGAUCAAUUCAUGAAACUUCUAAGAACCCAACAUACCGAAUCGUUUUAAACUUUACCACAUAAACGUGGAGGCCCUAAGAAAGGUCUUUACACCCAUGGCAUUUCACUGUUUAUAAAAAAAUGUAGGAAAUAUUUAUGAACAGAUUUAAAAAAAAUUGAAAUCUCACGAGUGUUAGGACUUUCCUUAGGGCCUCGAUAUUUACAUGGUAAAAUUUGAAACGAUUCGGUGCACCCAGUUAGGAGAAAAGCUUCGUAAACGAGACCUCUGACGCCAUUUUCACAUCGCCAUAAGAACUCUUAAGGUUCUAUUAACGUUUUUUCUUUUUUCGAAAAUAUCUGGAAUUUCACUGAAGUGUUCCCUUAACGAUUGACCAGAGCUCGCAAGCGUGGCAGUAUUAUCGAAACGCGUUAAGUAUUCGAAGAAUACGUUAGUCAAAGAGGCGGCCAUCUUGGAUGGGAACGAGUAAUUCGCCAGCCGAUGCAUUUUCCGAAAUUUCACAUACAGCGUGAGAAAUGAACAGUAGAUGGGUCCAUUUCUUGAAUUAUUUUAAAGGAAUCAAGCGAACCUGGGACAUGUUUUUAAGAUAUUGAACGGUCAGCCGACCGCGAGGACGCCAUGACUCACGUAGUACGUGCCACGUUUGCUUCUCGGGACGCGAGCAUGAGAACCUGUACCUAUAUUUUGUUGAAGGAUAAUGCUAACGUGUAUGAAAGUGCGAGCGUCAGAGAAGAGAUCCGCGUCUGGGAUAUUUUUGUUGACGGAUUUAGAAGCUUAACGGUAAACCAGAGUUCGCAGGGAGGCGGCAAGGGAAUAAUAUUGAAACUGCUCUAGUCAGUGUAUUAUUGAGGCGGCCUUAUAUUUUGUACAUCGUAGAGCUAGGAAAAGAUACAAGUAGACUUCUUAAGGACGUUGAGACGAGUACAUGAGAGUAUUAAACGAAUCGGGAUGAGUGAUGUUUGCCAAUGCAGGAGAGGAAUCGUAAGAACGUCCGUCGUGUGUCGCACGCGCGAGCGAGCGAAGAGAAAGUUCACAUUUUUAAUAACCGAUUUUAUUACACGAGGGAGAAAGGUAGACGGGAGUGGAAAUCGAGUUUGUACGGUCGAUUCGUGGGCAUGCGUUUUCCUCGGUACUUUUCGGUACCGCGUGAAAGUAGGGUAGGGAGGAGAACGAGUGCGUGCGACAAAGUUCGGUUACUCGGUAAUUGGCCAAUUAUUUGGGAGAACUUGUCGCGCGGAAUUCGAUCGACCUCUUCAAAAUGGUAUUCUUUGGAGGGUCGAACUAAAUUCGGAGGGGAAGAAGCGUUAGACUUAAGCCUUUCAGAUCGACGGGGCCCGGCCGCGGGCGCCAGGGUUAAUAAGACUGCGUGUUUGUUAAAUAUGUUUGUAAGUAGGAUGUUCGAAUUUAUUUUAUUUUUCUUUUUCUUCUCUCUCUUACCCGGAAACAAAGCAAUCCGCUCGAGGCACUUGUGUCCUCUUCCAUGUACCGGCGAGAUAUACAUUAUUUAUAUCCAUUAUUGCCAGGGUAACUCGAGGUUCAGUUUUCCCGCGGCGCGUUCCUCGAUGAGCGAGUCGAAAAUCUCAUUUGACAAAUUUCCUGGAAUUCUCAAUUAGCCAGGUAUUAUUCGGACACGUUUAUGAACCUAAGGUGAUGUGAAAGUGGCACGAAAAAGGUCGCGUUUAUGAAACUUCUCCAAACCGUGGGCAACUAAUCCUUUCAAAAAAUGUUCAAAAAUUCCUCUACUAUUUUGAAAAUAUUUGAGAAAAAAAUAAAAUUUCAUGCGUGUCAGCACCUGUACUAUAGUCUGUAUAUUCACCUUGUAAUGUUUGAACCGAUUCGGUGUACUCAGUUCGGAGAAAAGUUUUAUAAACGAUUAUCUCUCGGUUACCACUUUCACGUCCCUUUAAAAGUGGGAAAUAAUUCGUGAGAAUUCGUGAAGCGACGCAUAUCUAUUGUUAAUAUUCCGAGGGGAUUGAGGCGAUUGCUCGAAAUUUCCAUAAGGAGGUUUUCGAUCUCACUUUUCACGGGAUUUGCGGGGGCGUUUUCGAAUUGCCCUGUGCCCAGAGUAGGCGGUUAUACUUUGCGUUUACUUAGAACGCGGUCGAACUCUUGCUUCGAUGUUAACGAAUCGGUAAGUACCUGAUGACAUAUAUUGCGAGGAAAGGACUGCGAGAACGCGUGUAGCUUUUUAAGCUUUAAGGGGAAGGGCCUAUGGAGUUACGAAAUACAAUAGUAACCUAAA